AUGAUAAAUACUAAUUCGAAUACUUCUCGACAAUUUAUUUACGGCUUGUUACUUGGUGUAAUACUUACUUUAUCUACUAAUUCGUUUCGGAAUUGGUUGAAGCGAAAAAACGGAGACGGAAAUAAACGUGAAUUAAAUACACCUCAACAACCAAUUGAUGUAAUAAGUGAAGAUAUCGUCGAUGGUAUAGAAGGAUUAAUAGGGAACACACCAUUAAUGAGAAUCAAAAGUUUAAGUGAUGCUACCGGAUGUGAGAUUUUGGGCAAAGCCGAAUUUCUUAAUCCAGGUGGUAGUCCAAAAGAUCGAGUCGCUUUAAACAUGAUAAAAGAGGCGGAAAGGAAAAAACUUGUAAAACCAAAUAAAGGAUGCACCAUAUUUGAAGGCACUUCCGCAAAAGAAAAGUAUCAAAUAUUGGAAAAGUUAGGAGCUACAGUUGAAAAGGUCAAACCUGCAAGUAUUGUAGAUAAAAAUCAAUUCGUUAAUUUAGCCAAGCGCCGAGCUGAAGAAUUUGGAAAUAAUAAGUUAAUUAAUGAAGGAGGAAGCAAUGAAGCUACUGGAUUUUUUACCGAUCAAUUUGAAAAUUUAUCUAAUUAUGAAGCACAUUAUCAAGGAACAGGACCAGAAUUAUUUAGGCAGACGAAUGGAAAAAUCGAUGCCAUAGUUUCCGGAGCUGGCAAGGACUUUUUUUUUUAA